CGUCGUCGUCGUCGUCGUCGUCGGCAAUGUCGCGUUGCCGGGAACCCCGUUGACACGAGUGGUGGCCGCGGAACGGUUGCUGCGGGGUGUCGAAUCGUCCGCGCGACACUCACCUCGAAUCCCUUCGCUCCACCCACUCCCCCACACCCGAACGCGGUACCGACGAUAGGAGCAACAGGGAGAAUCGCGCGUGCGUGUUUAUGCGUUUGCGGCGCGACAGUGAGAGUUCGGUUCUUUCCGGUUUCGAACAUGAUUCACGCCCGCAGGAUUCAAUUCGGAUUACCAUCAUGUACGCCACAGUUGAAUGAUGUAUGAUACGGACUCGGAAUGCGGCAACGCCGCCCCGUUGACGUUACACUAUGGCAACCACCACGUGUACCUCAUGGCGGAGAUCCAGCAGGCCGGCGACGAGCACUCGGACAUGGAGCUGAUGUGCGAUCAGGGCGCGACCAUCCGCGCCCACUCGCUGGUGCUGGCCUCGGUCAGCCCGCUGGUCCGCCGGCUGCUCAAAGAGGACAACGUGUGCAUGUACCACAACCUGGUGCUCCAGUUCCCGGAGAUCAAGGAGGCGCACAUGAAGACCGUGCUGGACUUCAUCUACACCGGACAGGCCAGUGUACUGGAGAACGAGUUCGACGAGGUGGUCAGCUUGCUGAACCUGCUGGAGAUCCGGUCGGAAACGUGGCAGCGGGCCCUGUACGAUUCGGCGUCGGUGUCGCCGCCACCGCCGCCGCCACCGCCGCCGCUCCUCGGGCAGCCGCCGUCCACCGCGUCGUCGUCGGAGGAGGAGGACCUGUCCACGAGGGCGGACCCGGAGAACCUGUCGCCCGCGUACCGGUUCCAGGCGCACCCCAAGAAACGGCGGAGACGGUCGUCCGUGCCCGUCAACCUGUCCAUCGACACGAAGAACGACGAGGACGCGUCCGUCACCCAGUCCAACUGGCGGGCGUCCAAGUUUGACGAGAGCCAUCGAAAGUUGAGACGGCGGAGUAGCUCGCCAUUUGACGACUACGCGCAUCAUCACGACCGCGGUGACGAUCACCACGGUUUUCAAACGUUCCCGAAACGGGAACCGCACUGGGUGGAAACCGAGUACCGUAGCUCGCAAUUACACCAGUACAGCUGUGAAGUCGAUCUGCCGUACAUGGACUCGGCAGAACCGAACUUGGAUCCCGAGACCGAAGGGGCCAACGACUCGGACAGUAAGGACGCGAGACUGAACCCUGCCAACUACGUGGUGACCCCGAGGAAACGUAAGAAACAGCCCGGCUUCCAGAACUCUCCGGCCCAGAACCCGGCGUUCGUGCCCAUGUACUUCCACGAGAUGGCGUUCCGGCACCAGAAGAUCACGUCGCUCAGCUCGUUCGUGCACCACCAUCCUUACGGGCCGGCCAACGCGGCGCCAGUGCCCGCGGACGACGGCCGGGACUCGCCGCCGUCCAGGGCGGCCAUCUACAUGGGCCGGUCCAGAUCUCAAGACUCCGGCGUUUACAGGCCACCGAUCGCGCUACCACCGCCGGAAGACAGUCCGCCGCCGCUGCAGCCGCCGCCGCCGCUGCCGCCACCGACGACUGUGCAGCCGCCGCCGCAACAUUCGCAUCCGUCGUCGUACCGGUUCGCUGAGAACGGGUCGCCCUGGAAACCGUUGACCGACGUUAAGCCUCCUGUCCUGCCCAUGGCCGCCGGCGAGCCCGGGGAACGGUUGCGGAGCCCCGGCACGGCCGCCGCGGCCACCGCUUCGUCCGCGACCGCGGCUUCCUCGUCGGACACGGAGGAGAAGUCUUCGACCGGCGGCGGAGCGGGCGGCGCUGGCCGCGAGUACAAGUGCACGUACUGCGGCAAGCAGUUCGGCAUGAGCUGGAACCUGAAGACGCACCUGCGCGUGCACACGGGCGAGAAGCCGUUCGUGUGCCGGCUGUGCGUGGCCAUGUUCAAGCAGAAGGCGCACCUGCUCAAGCACCUGUGCUCGGUGCACAGGAACGUGAUAUCGCCGGGAACCAGCGCCGCGGACCAGGAGACCGCGGCCGCGUUCAACUGCUGCUUCUGCGAGAUGACGUUCGACACGCUCCAGCAGCUGGUCCGGCACUUCUCCGGGCCGCACAACAACCUGCUGCUCACCAAGAACCUGAACGCCUGACACCGGCCGCCAGGUCCGAGGGACUCGUACGUGCACCGUCGUCGUCCCUUCCGCCGCGUGCCCCAUCCACCCCUUUUCCCGCUUCGAGACCGACGACAACGUGCGCACGUUUCUUUUUCGUGCGCUCCGUUCAUUUUUCUAACACUUAAUUUUUUUAACACUUUUCGUUUUCUCUUCGUUCUCAUUUUUCGCGACCGAUCCGCGAAACGGGUCUACCUGCAUUUCGUGUACAUACUUCAUAUAUAUAUGUUUACGACGUGCAGGUACUAACCCAACCUUGUCAACGAUUAUUUUUACAAAUCAAUUAUUUUGUACAUUAUUAUUAUUAUUAUUAUUAUUAUUAUUAUUAUUAUUAUUACUACUACGAUUGCCGGGCCCUCCCGAACGAAGAGCCUUGUCGAAACGCGCGUCAAGUCUCGUUCGGUCGGGCCAACGCGUUAUUGUUAUCAUUAUUAUUAUUAUUAUUAUUAAUUUUAUUAUUAUUAUUAUUAUUAUUAUUAUUAUUAUUAUUAUUAUUAUUAUUACCAUUAUAACUUUCGUGUACAUGGUUAAAAUAAUUAUUUUUACGUUGUACAAAAACACUAUUACUUUUUUGUUAUCGAAUCGCGCCUUAAUAUACAUAUGUACUAUAAUACUGUAUAACACAACACGUGCACCACAUUGGUCGUCGAGAUAUAUUACUAAUAUUGUAUAAAUGUUUAUACUUGUACAUACGACGUGUACGCCAGCGUACUAUUUUUGUAGGGCGCCGAAAACGAUGUUUUUUUUUUUUUUUUCUGUUUCUCCCUUUAAUCUCCAAUAUCAUAUUAUUGGGGCCGCGGAGUUACGUUCGGCGACGUCGUAAUUAUUAUUAUUAUUAUUAUUUUUGAUCGCGUCGGGAUAUCAUCAACGUCGCAUAAUUUAUCGCGAAACGUUCGUUUUCGGUUUGUACAUAAUAAUUUCGUAUUUAAUUAGGCUCGUCCGUUUACGGAACAACGGCGACGCCUAGGCCGUCGUGGCGAACUUGUGUUUACUGCGCGUUUUACCCCGUCACGCGACUGCAUUCCGUCGCUCGGAGUUCAAAAUGUAUACCCGUACAAGCGACGCGUCUCGUUGUAUAAUGUAUAAUAAAUAUUAUCUAUCACAUUAUAUCAUAUAUAUUUAUAUAUAUAUAAUAUUAUGUAUAUACAUACUUAAUUCGUAGGGAAAUUUAAGAUCUCUAGAAAUCGAUAAGCAUAAGAAGUUUAACGAAUAAGUUUAUGAAAAAUUAAUUAAUUAAAAAUAAAAAUUGUACGUAUACCUACAUCGAUUCUUACCUCUGUAUACACACACACACACACACACAUAUAUAUAUAUAUAUAUAUAUGUGUGUGUGUGUAUCUAGCGUAUUGUAUUGGAUAGAAAAGAAAUGUUGUCGUUUCCGUGCGAACGUUUUUGUCGACAGUCGAAACGCAAAUUUAAUCUUUGUGUUCUUCGUCCCUCCUCCCCUUUGUUAAUUUUUCGGAUUCGAUUAAUUUUGUAUUAUAUAAACAGCUUAGAAAUUUACUAACAAAAACAGAUUUGUAUACAACACCCGAUCCGUGUCAAUCGCAGACCGUUUAUUUUAUUAACAUACAUGUUAAACCGUAAUAUUAUUGCGCAGACAACAUAUGUAUUCGCGUACAUACGUGUACCUACGUAUAUGUUUUUAAUAUAAAAUUAUAUUUUUGUUACCAAGCAA